AUGGAUUUACAGCAGCAACCACCUCCAACGGGAUUUCGGACACGCCCCAAGCUCCCGCCGAUCCAAACAACCCUCAACAAACGGGCAUCAAUGCGACCGAAACCGCCGCCUCCCGAACAAGUAACGGGCUCAACGCCUACAGAAAGAGUUCCGUUGAAGGAACCAAGAACCCUGACCUCAAAAUCUUCUCUGAGGUCGUUUAUUAACAAAACAAGGGCGAUGCGGCGGAAUAGCUCGAAGAAUGACAAUUCCCCUUCCCCCAUCGCAGAAUGGAGGCCCGUUACUAACGACAGCCCCGUUUCCAAUCAUCAAAUUACCCCUACGAGUGCAGAUCGAGCUCCCAAAGCAGUCAAAUCCUCCAGUGCUCCAGCAGUGCCAUCGUUGGCGAACUCACCGUCUCUCAACACUACCCCAAAGCUUUCCAAAUCGGUUAAGGAGAGAAAACGCCGGACGAUUCCUGCUUGGGAGCCUCCACCACUGUUUAAAGCUUACCCGCAAGCGAUCAAGCAUGCGACUCUUCUAGCGCCCAACAUACCUGCUGAAACCAUUUUGCGGAUUCAAGCGCUAGCGAGACAGGAAGACCAAGAAGCUAGCUCAGAAACGGACGUCAAGGAGACAAAGGACCAGAGGCAGGCAAGAAAAGCAGCUGAUUCCAUCCAUCACCUCGAAUGGACCCGGAAGAUAUACAUGUUGGUCACAAGCGGCUAUCUACUUCAAUACAAUGCCGACGGAAACUUCGACCGCCUCCCCGAAUUGAUCUUAGAACUUGGGGAGACCUCUGUCGCAUUUGCGAGCGACGCAGUUCCUGGGAAACAUUGGGUGUUACAAAUCUCACAAACGUUCGACGAGAAUGGUACGGCUACUGUCGACAACAAAAAGAGCUUCUUAUCUCGGCUUCGAAUAUCGGAUUCGCCGAAAUUGGCCAAGUCGCUUUUGUUGGUAUUAGAUAGUGCCGAGGACUUGUCGGCAUGGCUGUUUACUAUGAGGCGCGAGAUUGAGGGAUUGAGUGGUAAGGAGUAUGUUCCUGAAACUCCUAUGAUUGAAGAAACGCCGCUGCUCCAUCGAUAUCAGAGCAUGGCAUCGAUGCAAAGGCCUCCGCAACAUAGUUUUACCAAUAGAUCGUCACUGUCAGUGUCUUCAACGACAUUGUCACCGUCGUCCCAAACCCGACUCGAGGGCCUUGCAGCUUUGCAGGCCAAUCGUCGCUCCAUGGCCCGAUCAGUCGAAACACCCUCCCCUUCGAUAACUGCGACGAGUGAUUCAGAUCGGAUCAAAGACAACUAUCGAUUGUCGUGUGUUUCUAUAGGAACAAGGACGAUCCCCAGCUCAUGUGGCUCUUCACCCCCAUCGUCCUCAGCAGGUACUAAGCAUCCUAUACCUAAGAAUUCAUUUCUCAGCUCUCCUGAAAGCAUGGCAAGCGUUGCUUCCAUAGAGUCAAGCACUCGUCCAAUACCAAUAAUCCGUGGACCUGCUUACUUCCGGAGAGAACCCAUUCUUCCUGACAAGGCCACGUCAAAUGCUGUUGUGUCGUCUCAGACGCCAAAGCCUCCGUUGAUGCCAGCGCCUAAUUUUAGCGUACCCGCAUUCAGCAAAAGAUUCUCGUCUACUUUAAAUUUGAGAUCGGCUCAGCUUUCUUCGAGCGCGCCUACCUCCAAGCCAACGCCUGCCGUGGCUCUUGGGUGUUCAGUCUAUUAUAGCUCGGAGACUUCGAUUGACACAAUCCCGGAAGACCCAGAGCCAGUCGAGCCCAAGAGAGAAAGACCAGUUAUCAAACUAAACAGCUGGAGCACGCCACAAAGGCCAUCCAACCAGCCAAGAGCAACCCCAAUCCGAGCACGUAGGUAUUCAAGUUCUGGACAUAAGAUCGACAUUCACACUCCUAUAUCUGAGCUUGGCCCUGAAUCGCCGAUAAUCAAUAUUAAGAUGGUCCAACCGACUCAAGACGUACCACAAUACCGCUGGCCUUUAUUGUCGAACGCAAGUAGCAAUCCACGCCCACGGCUACCACGCGAACACAGCACUCACUCGCCCCAACGGCCAUUAAGCUUGCAAGUCGGGACCCCACGCGUAUCGGCGCCAGAAUAUCCUCCAUUAAGUUCGAGUACACAGCCUAUAACGAUUCCCAGUGAAGCAGCAGUUUUGAACCUCCCAACAGCACCCAGACACCCACCACCACUUCCCCCGCCGUCCCAAAAUCCCCGCAAACCCAAUCUUUCGCCUAGGCGUAGCUUGCCGCAAAUGACAUUUGGGCCGCCUCCUGCGCCUCCCCCGGAUUGCCCCCUGCCUGAAAUCCCACCCGUCGUAGGUCCCCGAACCACUCCCACCUGGAAAACAAUUCCAUCUGUCACGGCAAUGCCCACGCAACUCCAAAUACGCCAAGCACGCGCAAGUGGGAGCCGGCAAAUAUCCUCCCAUGUUCAUGCUAAAGCCUACCGUGCAUCCGUGCCGAGAAUCAAUGCUGGUGGACUAAACGACAUCCGGCCUUCUAAGAAACAGGGAAUCUUACAAGCAUGCUAA